GCGGCAGCAGCAACAGCAGCAGCAGCAGCCCCCCCUCCACGCAGACCUCCGUCCUCCUCUGUCCGCCUCCUCCUCCUCCUCUCCCGGGGCCACCGGUGAAGGAGACUCGCGCACCGGGGUUUGGCCGGCAGUCUCGCCGCCGUAUGGCCGUGGAUUAGCUGUAUGCUCACAUCGACAAGGAAGAGGAGCCAGCGCCUGAGCGGGCUCGCUUGCAGCCAUGGCUGAAGGUGGAGAAGGAGAGGAUGAGAUUCAGUUCCUCAGAACUGAUGAUGAAGUGGUGCUCCAGUGUGUGGCCUGCAUCCAGAAGGAGAAUCGAAAGUUUUGCCUGGCUGCCGAAGGGCUGGGCAACCGGCUGUGUUACCUGGAGCCCACAUCUGAAGCAAAGUAUGUCCCUCCAGACCUAUGCAUCUGUACCUUCGUGCUGGAACAGUCCCUGUCAGUGCGGGCCCUGCAGGAGAUGUUGUCUAAAAGUGGACAAAAUAGUGAAGCGGCAGCGCAGAGUGGUGGUCACAAGACUCUGCUAUACGGACAUGCCAUCCUCCUACGGCACUCCUUCAGUUCCAUGUACCUGGCCUGUUUGAAGACAUCUAGGUCACAGACCGAUAAGCUAUCAUUUGAUGUUGGCCUGCAGGAGGACUCAACAGGUGAAGCGUGUUGGUGGACAAUCCACCCCGCCUCCAAGCAGAGAUCAGAAGGCGAGAAGGUGCGGAUUGGUGAUGACCUCAUCCUCGUCAGCGUGUCCUCUGAGCGCUAUCUUCACUUGUCAAUCUCCAAUGGCAACAUCCAGGUGGACGCAUCCUUCAUGCAGACACUGUGGAACGUUCAUCCCAUCUGCUCUGGCAGCAACAUCGAGGAAGGCUACCUGUUGGGUGGCCAUGUGAUGCGGCUGUUUCAUGGGCAUGACGAGGUGGUUACCAUCCCUGGCUCAGAUCAGAGUGAAGAGCAGCAGAGGAUAGUCAACUAUGAAAUGGGUAAAGCCGGUGUGAAAGCGAGGUCGUUAUGGAGGCUGGAGCCACUCCGGAUCAGCUGGAGUGGGAGCCACAUCCGCUGGGGGCAGCCGUUCCGGUUGCGGCACCUGACGACUGGUCAUUACUUGGCCCUGACUGAGGACCGCGGCUUGGUGCUUCAGGACCGGGAGAGGUCUGACACAAUCUCAACUGCCUUCUGCUUCAGAGCUUCUAAGGAAAAACUUGAGCAGAGCCCCAAGCGGGACAUUGAGGGAAUGGGUGUAGCAGAGAUAAAAUAUGGAGACUCCCUCAGCUUCAUAAUGCACGUGGCCACGGGGCUGUGGCUGUCCUACCAGGCGCCUGAUGUCAAAUCUGCACGUUUGGGUCCUCUCAAAAGACGAGCGUGUCUGCAUUCUGAAGGUCACAUGGACGAUGGCUUGACACUGCAGCGCUGUCAACAUGAAGAAUCUCGAGCAGCGCGUAUCAUCCGCAACACCACGCUUCUCUUCAACAAAUUCAUCAGAGAUCUGGAUUGUCUGGGUUUGAAGAACAAGGCACUUGUGGCUCUGCCCAUUGAGGAGGUGCUCCAAACCCUCAAUGACCUCAUCACCUACUUUCAGCUCCCUGAUGCUGAGUUGGAGCAUGAAGAGAGGCAGAUCAAGCUACGCUCCCUCAAAAACAGACAGAAUCUUUUCAAACAGGAAGGCAUGCUGACGCUUGUGUCCAACUGCAUAGACCGUCUGAAUGUCUACAACAGUGUGGCUCACUUUGGGGAGUGUGCUGGGGCAGAGGCCGGAGAAGCAUGGAAAGACAUCCUCAAUCUGCUUUAUGAGCUGUUGGCAGCGUUAAUCAGAGGAAACAGGAACAACUGCACUCAGUUUUCCAACAACUUGGAUUGGCUUGUUAGCAAGCUGGAGAGACUCGAGUCUUCUUCAGGGAUUCUAGAAGUUCUGCACUGCAUUCUAAUUGAGAGCCCAGAGGCUCUCAACAUGAUUCAGAAAGGACACAUCAAGGCUAUCAUAUCGCUGCUAUACAAACAUGGACGCAACCACAAGAUUCUUGAUGUGCUUUGCUCGCUGUGUGUGUGCAAUGGCGUCGCCGUGCGAACCAAUCAGAACCUCAUUUGUGAUCACUUGCUGCCCAAGAGGGACCUGCUGCUACAAACCCAGCUGGUCAAUGACGUCCAAAGCAUGAGACCGAACAUCUUCCUCGGAGUGAGCGAGGGCUCUGCUCAGUAUAAGAAGUGGUACUACGAGCUAAUGAUUGACCAGGUGGACCACUUCGUGACCAGUGAACCCUCACACUUGCGAGUAGGGUGGGCAAACAACAAGGGCUACGCACCUUACCCUGGAGGGGGUGAGGGCUGGGGGGGCAACGGCGUGGGAGACGACCUCUAUUCGUACGGUUUUGAUGGCUUGCACCUCUGGUCAGGUCGCAUCCCCCGGGCAGUUGCAUCCCUCAACCAGCACAUCCUCACCUCGGAGGAUGUGGUGAGCUGUUGCCUCGACCUCGGAGCUCCCAGCAUCUCUUUCCGUAUCAACGGGCAGCCCGUUCAGGGCAUGUUUGAAAACUUCAACACGGACGGACUCUUUUUCCCUGUUGUCAGCUUCUCUGCGGGUGUCAAGGUAAGGUUCCUGUUGGGUGGUCGUCACGGCGACUUUAAAUUCCUGCCACCAUCAAGUUACGCCCCCUGUUAUGAGGCCCUCCUGCCCAAAGAGAAGUUGCGGGUGGAACCAGUUAAGGAGUACAAGAGGGACGUGGACGGGGUCCGGGACUUGCUUGGCACCACCCUCAUCUUAUCACAGGCCUCCUUCAUUCCGACAUCUGUGGAAACCAGCCAGAUUGUUAUGCCGACUCAUUUAGAGAAAGUUCGGGAUAAGCUGGCGGAGAACAUUCAUGAACUUUGGGGCAUGAAUAAAAUUGAACUGGGCUGGUCCUACGGCAAGAUCAGGGAUGAUAAUAAGCGCCAGCAUCCAUGCCUGGUGGAUUUCUCCAAGUUGCCCGAGACCGAAAAGAACUACAACCUGCAGAUGUCGACAGAAACGCUAAAAACACUGCUAGCACUGGGCUGUCGAGUCAUUCAGGUCAAUUCCUCUGCUGAUGAGUCACUUAAGAAGAUUAAACUCCCAAAGAACUUCAUGAUGUCAAGUGGUUACAAACCAUCCCCUUUGGAUUUGUCUGACAUGAAACUGACUCCAGGUCAGGAGUUGUUGGUGGACAAACUGGCAGAGAACGCGCACAAUGUGUGGGCCAAAGACCGCAUCAAGCAGGGUUGGACCUAUGGUAUCCAGCAGGAUCUGAAAAGCAAACGUAACCCCCGCCUGGUCCCUUACGCCAUGCUAGAUGAGCGCACUAAGAAGUCAAACCGCGACAGCCUUCGGGAGGCCAUUCGUACUCUGAUUGGUUAUGGUUACAACGUGGAGCCAUCUGAUCAAGAAGGCGGACAAGUGGUCGAGCGUCUCAGCAUCGACAAAAUUCGAUUUUUCAGAGUAGAGCGGACGUACGCGGUGAAGACCGGGAAAUGGUACUUUGAAUUUGAGGUCGUCACAGGAGGAGACAUGAGAGUCGGCUGGGCCAGGCCUGGGUGUAAACCCGAUGUGGAGCUCGGCACAGAUAACUUGGCUUUUGUCUUUGACGGAUACAGGGGCCACUGUCUAAACAUUGGUGGUCGUUUGUUUGGGCGCUGCUGGCACAGCGGUGAUGUUGUGGGCUGCAUGAUCAACAUGGAGGACAAAUCCAUGAUUUUCACACUCAAUGGAGAGAUACUAAUCACCAACAAAGGCUCUGAACUUUGUUUCACUGACUUUGAAACGGAGGAUGGGUUCAUCCCGGUGUGUAGUCUGGGUUUAGCGCAGGUGGGGCGAAUGAAUCUUGGCAAAGAUGCCGGCACCUUUAAGUACUACACCAUGUGCGGCCUUCAAGAGGGAUUUGAGCCCUUUGCUGUCAACAUGAACAGAGAGCUCACCAUGUGGUUCAGCAAGCGUUUACCAACGUUUGUCGACGUACCAACGGACCACAAUCACAUCACAGUGACAAGGAUUGAUGGGACUGUCGAGAGCCCCCCGUGUCUCAAGGUUACGCACAAGACAUUUGGCACCCAGAACAGCAACACAGAUAUGGUGUUUUGUCGUCUCAGUAUGCCUGUGGAGUUUCACUCCUUCUUCAAGACCAGUCCUGUCAUUGACAUGAAUGGAGUGCAUGACGAUGACACCCUCAAAGUCAAACACAGAUAUCCACUGCGAUCCGUGCGACACAGUGAUGAAAGUCGCCGAAUGGACUACAGCACCAUCACAAUGUACUACCACUCUGUGAGGGUCUUUGCUAGUCAAGACCCUGCUUGUGUUUGGGUCGGUUGGGUUACCCCUGACUACCAUUAUCAUAGCAAUAACUUUGCCCUCAGCAAGACCAGAACAGUGACUGUAACCUUGGGUGAUGAGCGAGGACGGGUCCACGAGAGCGUCAAGAGGAGUAACUGCUACAUGGUGUGGGGCGGUGACGUGACCAACGCCACUCAUGGCUCAAAUCGUAGCAGUGUUGACCUGGAAAUUGGCUGCCUCAGUGACCUGGCAACUGGCCUGGUAACAUUCACGGUCAAUGGCAAGGAGAUAUCCACAUCCUACCAGGUGGAACCAAACACCAAGUUAUUCCCAGCUGUAUUCGUGCAACCCACCAGCUCUAACCUCUUUCAAUUUGAACUCGCCAAAAUAAAGAACGCCAUGCCGCUGUCAUCGGCCAUUUUUAAAAGUGAACAUAAAAACCCGGUGCCUCAGUGUCCGCCUCGUCUUGACGUCCAGACCAUCAAUGCGGUGUUGUGGAGCCGUAUGCCAAACUCCUUCCUAAAAGUAGAAACAGCGAGGGUCAGCGAGAGACACGGAUGGGCCGUCCAAUGUGUGGAGCCUCUGCAGAUGAUGGCGGUUCACAUACCUGAGGAGAACAGGUGUGUGGACAUUAUGGAACUGUCCGAGCAGGAGGAGACGAGAGAGUUCCAUUACCAUACCUUGAAGCUCUACUGCGCCCUCUGUGCUCUGGGCAACACCCGUGUGGCUCACGCCCUCUGCAGCCACCUAGACCAAUCCCAGCUGCUUUACACCAUUGACAACCAGUACUUGUCCGGGAUGUUACGAGAAGGUUUUUACAAUCUCCUCAUCAGCAUCCAUCUGGAGACAGCCAAAGGUGCUCGACUCAUGAUGAAAGAUGAGUUCAUUAUCCCGGUCACAGCCGAGACUCGCUCGAUCCGUCUCUUCUCCAAUGCUUCCAAAAUGCACUCGCCGCCCGGGGUAGGGCUCAGCACAUCGCUCAAGCCCCGCCUCAACUUUGCACCUCCCUGUUUUAUCAACACCAAACGGGAGCAUCAUCUGUACAGUCCCCAGAUCCCACUGGAUGCAUUAAAAGAAAAAGCUAUUUCAAUGUUGACCGAGGCGGUUCAAGGUGGUGGCCACUAUAUCCGCGAUCCUGUAGGAGGAGGUGUCGAGUCCCAGUUUGUGCCGAUCUUGAAGCUCAUCAGCACGUUGCUUACUGUGGGCGUCCUCGGAAGUGAGGACGUUCACAAAAUCUUGCUCCUCAUUGACCCUAAUGUAUUUAGGGAGACACAGGAGGAAGGAGCCAUCAGUACCAAUGAAAAAGAAGGACUAACAGGGACCGAGGAGAAGGCGGUGGAAGCAGGAGAAGAAGAGGCAGCCAAAGAGGCCAAGCAAACAAUGAAAGGACUUCUGGAAAAAAGGCUGCCUGAACCUGUGAAACGUCAGAUGUGUGAGCUGCUGCACUAUUUCUGCGACUGCGAGCUCAAACACCGCAUCGAAGCCAUCGUGUCCUUUUCCGACAACUUUGUUUCCAAGCUGCAGUACAACCAGAAAUUCAGAUACAACGAACUGAUGCUCGCCCUAAAUAUGUCCGCUGCUGUAACGGCAAAGAAGACCAAGGAGUUCCGCUCGCCUCCGCAAGAACAGAUCAACAUGCUGCUGACGUUCAGCACUGGCGACGACUGCCCGUGUCCGUCAGAUAUCCAAGGGGAGCUUUAUGAUUUUCACAAUCAACUGCAGCUGCACUGCGGAAUUCCGAUGGAGGACGACGAGGAUGAGCAAGAUACAUCUAUUAAAGGCCGCCUUCUCACACUGGUGAACAAAAUCAAAGGACAAGCUCAUAAAACUGAACAAUCGUUGGAGAAGGAACAAGCUGCACCAUCCAACCUGAAGGAGUUGAUCUCACAGACCAUGGUCAGUUGGGCCCAGGAGAGUCACAUCCAAGACCCGGAACUGGUGCGGAAGAUGUUCAGCCUACUGAGGAGGCAGUAUGACAGCAUCGGCGAGCUGCUCAGGGCUAUGAGGAAGACCUACACCAUCAGCGCCGCCUCGGUCCAGGACACCAUCAAACUCUUGGCUUCUCUGGGCCAGAUCAGAUCGCUGCUUUCUGUUCGGAUGGGGAAGGAGGAAGAAAAACUCAUGAUUGAUGGACUUGGUGACAUCAUGAACAAUAAGGUGUUCUAUCAGCAUCCCAAUCUCAUGAGAAUUCUGGGCAUGCAUGAAACUGUCAUGGAGGUCAUGGUCAAUGUGCUCGGAGGGGACAAAUCUCAGGAAAUAGCCUUCCCCAAGAUGGUGGCCAGCUGCUGUCGGUUCUUGUGUUACUUUUGCCGCAUCAGUCGCCAGAACCAGAAAGCCAUGUUUGACCACCUAAGUUACCUCCUUGAAAAUAGCAGCGUGGGCCUUGCUUCACCGGCUAUGAGGGGCUCCACUCCUCUUGAUGUGGCCGCUUCCUCGGUUAUGGACAACAAUGGUCUUGCUCUCGCACUGGAAGAACCCGAUCUGGACAAGGUGGUGACCUACUUGGCAGGCUGUGGUCUCCAGAGUUGUCCGAUGCUUGUGGCCAAAGGUUAUCCCGAUAUUGGCUGGAACCCCAUCGAGGGAGAACGUUACCUCUCCUUUUUGCGCUUUGCCGUCUUUGUAAAUGGUGAGAGUGUUGAGGAGAAUUCCAGCGUUGUGGUCAAGCUGCUCAUUCGUCGUCCCGAGUGUUUCGGACCUGCCCUGAGGGGGGAGGGAGGGAACGGACUGCUGGCGGCCAUGAAGGAAGCCAUCAAGAUCUCGGAGACACCCGCUUUGGAUCUGCCCGGUUCUGUGCAGGGAGUCAGCUGUGACGUAUCGGCUGAUGGCGACGAUGAAGAGGAAGUGGUCCACAUGGGCAAUGCCAUCAUGUCCUUCUACUCAGCGCUCAUUGACCUAUUGGGGCGUUGUGCCCCAGAGAUGCAUCUAAUCAACAAGGGGAAAGGGGAAGCUCUCCGUAUUCGUGCCAUUUUGCGCUCAUUGGUGCCCACUGAGGACCUUGUGGGAAUCAUCAGCAUACCACUCAAAACACCCAUUGUUAAUAAAGACGGCUCGGUGACAGAACCCGAUAUGUCAGCCUGCUUUUGUCCGGACCACAAAGCCCCCAUGGUGCUGUUCCUGGACCGGGUAUAUGGUAUUGAGGACCAGAGCUUUUUGCUUCACCUACUUGAAGUUGGGUUCCUUCCUGACCUGAGGGCUGCUAACUCUCUAGACACAGAGGGUCUGUGCACCACUGAGACGGCAUUAGCCAUGAACCGUUACAUCGGCUCCGCCAUGCUUCCUCUCCUCACCCGCUGUGCGCCCCUCUUCGCCGGCACCGAACACCAUGCUACGCUCAUCGAUUCCACCCUGCACACCAUCUACCGCCUCUCCAAGGGCCGCUCCCUCACCAAGGCUCAGAGAGACGCCAUAGAAGAGUGCCUGCUAGCUGUUUGCAAGCACCUUCGCCCCUCCAUGAUGCAGCAACUUCUGCACCGCCUCGUCUUUGACGUACCCUUGCUGAGCGAAUACUGCAAGAUGCCUCUCAGGCUGCUAACCAAUCACUAUGAGCAGAACUGGAAGUACUACUGCCUUCCAUCUGGCUGGGGCAGCUACGGCACUGCCUCUGAAGAUGAACUCCAGCUCACCAAGAAGAUCUUCUGGGGAGUCUUUGAUUCUUUGUCCCAGAGGAAAUAUGAGCCAGAGCUGUUCAAGAUGGCAAUGCCUUGCCUCAGCGCCAUAGCUGGAGCUUUGCCGCCCGACUAUGUGGAUGACGCCUCCAUUGGUGGAACAAUGGACAAGCCAGUUUCUGCAGCUGCUCAAGGCAACAUUGAACCCAAACCUAUCACAACUGCUAGCAUUGCCCUCCCAGAGAAGUUUGAGCACUUUGUCAAUAAGUAUGCUGAACAUUCUCAUGAGAAGUGGUCAGCAGAGAAGGUAUUGCUUGGAUGGAAAUAUGGUGACUGUGUGGAUGAGAAGGCUAGGAUUCACCCACAGCUCAGGACAUACAAAGCUUUGACAGAGAAGGAGAAAGAGAUUUACAGAUGGCCAAUCAGGGAGACAUUGAAGAGCAUGCUGGCAAUGGGUUGGAAUGUUGAGCGGGCCAGAGAUGGAGAGAGCGCAUCUCAACAGAGGGAGAAUGAAAAAAUGCGAAAGAUCUCUCAGGCCUCACAAGCAAAUGGUUUUAAUCCCAGUCCGAUAGACACCAGCAACGUGGUCCUAAGCAGAGAGCUGCAAGGGAUGGUGGAGUUAGUGGCUGAAAAUUACCAUAACAUCUGGGCCAAAAGAAAAAAGAGUGACCUUGGAAGUAGAGGCGGCGCUACACACUCUUUGCUGGUGCCCUAUGAGACGCUCACAGCCAAGGAAAAGGCACGCGAUCGGGAGAAGGCUCAGGAUCUCUUCCGCUUUCUGCAAAUUAGCGGCUACAGCAUCACAAGAGGCCGAAGGGACUCGGAACAGGAUCCCUCAUCCAUGGAGAAAAGGUUUGCUUACAGGUUCCUCAAGAAGCUGCUCAAGUAUGUCGACUCGGCCCAGGACUUCAUCUCUCACCUCGAGGCCAUGGCUGCCAGUGGCAAAACAGACAGGUCACCUCAUGAGCAAGAAAUCAAAUUUUUUGCCAAAGUUCUUCUCCCGCUUAUUGACCAAUACUUUAAGAACCACUCCCUCUACUUCCUGUCCUCGCCCAAUCAGAACCUGAGUAGCAGCGGUUACGGCUCGAACAAGGAGAAAGAAAUGGUCACCAGCUUGUUUUGUAAACUGGCAGCUCUUGUCAGACAUAGGAUCUCUCUCUUUGGAAGCGACUCGACCACGAUGGUGAGCUGUCUGCACAUCCUGGCGCACACACUGGACACCAGGACAGUGAUGAAGUCGGGCUCUGAAUUGGUGAGGGUCGGGCUCAGGACGUUCUUUGAGAAUGCCGCCGAGGACCUGGAGAGGACCUUCGAGAACCUCAAGCUGGGGAAGUUCACGCACUCGCGCUCUCAGAUGAAAGGCGUGUCGCAGAACAUCAACUACACCACUGCGGCUCUGCUCCCCAUCCUCACUGCGCUGUUCGAGCACAUCACGCAACAUCACUUUGGUGUAGACCUGCUUUUGGAUGAUGUCCAAGUGUCCUGCUAUCGAAUCCUGACCAGCCUCUAUGCUCUGGGGACUGGGAAAAACAUCUACGUAGAAAGACAGCUGCCAGCUCUUGGCCAGUGUCUGGCCACCUUGGCGGGGGCCAUGCCGGUGGCUUUCCUGGAGCCGAUGCUCAAUAUGUACAACCCCUGCUCAGUUUUUACCACCAAAAGUGGCCGUGAGCGUACCAUUCUCGGAAUUCCAGACUCAGUUGAAGAAAUGUGUCCCGGGAUGCCCCGGCUCAACGGUCUCAUGAAGGAUAUCAAUGACAUGGCGGAAUCUGGAGCACGGUACACAGAGAUGCCCCAUGUGAUUGAGGUGGUCCUUCCCAUGCUUUGUAACUACCUGUCCUAUUGGUGGGAGAGGGGGCCCGAGAACCAGCCAGCCGGUGGCAGCAGUGUGUGCUGCACCACCGUCACCUCAGAACACCUCAGCCUCAUUCUGGGCAACAUCCUCAAGAUCCUCAACAACAACCUGGGCAUCGAUGAGGCCUCGUGGAUGAAAAGGAUUGCAGUGUACGUGCAGCCCAUCAUCGGCAAAGCUCGUACUGCCCUGCUCAAGAGCCACUUCCUGCCCACGUUGGAGAAGCUGAAGAAAAAAACUGUGAAGGUAGUGGCCGAGGAGGAGCUGUUGAAGGCAGACAGCAAGGGAGACACCCAGGAAGCCGAACUGCUCAUCCUGGACGAGUUUGCUGUGCUCUGUCGGGACCUUUACGCCUUUUACCCCAUGCUCAUCCGCUAUGUGGACAACAACAGGUCCAGAUGGCUGACAGAACCAGAUGCUGACUCGAUCGAGCUCUUCAAAAUGGUCGCUGAAAUUUUCAUCCUUUGGUGCAAAUCCCAUAAUUUUAAACGAGAGGAGCAGAACUUUGUGGUCCAGAAUGAAAUCAACAACCUGUCCUUCUUGACUGGAGACAAUAAAACAAAGAUGUCCAAGUCCGGGGGUCAAGACCAGGAGAGGAAACACAAGAAAAGGCGGGGCGAGUUCUACUCCAUUCAGACAUCACUGAUCGUGGCUGCUCUCAAGAAGAUGCUUCCCAUCGGCCUUAACAUGUGCACCCCGGGAGACCAAGAGCUCAUCUCCAUGGCCAAGAUGCGCUAUCUCCUGAGAGACACAGACGAUGAGGUCAAAGAUCACAUUCGCCACAAUCUUCACCUCAGAGAAAAGUCGGAAGACCCUGCUGUGAGGUGGCAGUUAAACCUUUACAAACAUAUAAUGACACGAGGCGAGGGGCCUGCUGACCCUGAGAUGGUGGUGGAUCGUAUUCAGAGGAUCUCUGCUGCCGUUUUUAACCUGGAGCAGGUGGAGCAACCACUGAGAUCCAAGAAAUGUGUCUGGCAGAAAUUGUUGUCCAAGCAGCGCAAAAGAGCAGUCGUUGCUUGUUUCCGGAUGGCUCCACUUUAUAAUCUGCCGAGGGACAAAAACAAUAAUUACUUCCUGGGUGCCUACCAAUAUAUUUGGCUGGAGAAAAUGCAUGAGAACUCAGACUAUGACAGUCUGCUUUCCAUGCUGACGAAAACACAACACAAAGGAGAGGAUGAGGAAGAGGAGGAAGUCAGAAAGCAGCCCGAUCCUCUUCACCAACUCAUUUUGCACUUCAGCCACAAUGCUCUUACAGAGUGCAGCUCUUUGGAAGAUGAUCCGUUAUAUAUCGCGUAUGCAGAUAUGAUGGCAAAGAGUUGUGCUGAAGGUGAAGAGCAAAAUGAUGAGGAAGAGAAAGAGAAAACAUUUGAGGAGAAGGAAAUGGAGAAACAAAAGAUGUUGUACCAGCAGGCCCGACUGCAUGACCGUGGGGCUGCAGAAAUGCUGCUCCAGAUGAUUGGUGCUAGUAAAGGUCGAUUGGAUGCCAUGGUGACCUUCACCCUGAAACUGGGCAUCUCCAUUCUUAAUGGGGGGAACAUUCUGGUCCAGCAGAAAAUGUUGGACUACCUGAAAGAGAAGCGAGAUGUCGGCUUCUUCAAAAGCUUAUCUGGACUAAUGAUGUCUUGCAGUGUGCUGGACCUGAAUGCUUUUGAGAGGCAAAACAAAGCAGAAGGUCUCGGAAUGGUUACAGAAGAGGGAUCAAUCAACGUGAGUGAGCGGGGUUCCAAAGUGCUUCAGAAUGACGAGUUCACUAAAGAUCUUUUUAGGUUUCUGCAGCUUCUGUGUGAGGGACACAACAACGAUUUCCAGAAUUUUCUCAGGACACAGACUGGAAACACAACUACAGUUAACAUCAUUAUUAGCACUGUGGACUACUUGCUCAGGCUUCAGGAAUCCAUCAGUGAUUUCUACUGGUACUACUCCGGAAAAGAUAUAAUUGACGAGGCAGGUCAGAGGAACUUCUCAAAAGCGCUGGCAGUUGCUAAGCAGGUCUUCAAUUCUUUAACGGAGUACAUACAGGGUCCAUGUAUUGGAAACCAGCAGAGUCUGGCUCAUAGCAGAUUGUGGGAUGCAGUUGUGGGCUUCCUGCAUGUUUUUGCCAACAUGCAGAUGAAGUUAUCCCAGGACUCCAGUCAGAUUGAAUUAUUAAAGGAGCUGCUGGACCUCCAGAAGGACAUGAUCGUUAUGAUGCUCUCUCUUCUCGAAGGAAAUGUUGUCAAUGGGACCAUCGGUAAGCAAAUGGUGGACACCUUGGUGGAAUCGUCCAGCAAUGUGGAAAUGAUCCUCAAGUUCUUUGACAUGUUCCUCAAGUUGAAGGACCUGACCACCUCAGACAGCUUCAAGAUCUAUGAUGCCGAAAGCAAAGGUUUCAUCUCCAAGAAGGAUUUCCAGAAGUCCAUGGAGAACCAGAAGCAGUAUUCCCAGUCGGAGAUUGAGUUUCUUCUGUCUUGUGCUGAGGCGGAUGAAAACGACAUGUUCAACUAUGUCCAGUUUGUGGAGAGAUUCCACGAGCCCGCUAAGGACAUCGGCUUUAACGUGGCCGUUCUGCUGACCAACCUCUCAGAGCACAUGCCACAUGACGCUCGCCUUUUGACGUUUCUGGACCUGGCCGAAAGUGUCCUCAGCUACUUUGAACCCUACUUGGGCCGUAUUGAGAUCAUGGGUGGAGCUAAGCGCAUCGAACGAGUCUACUUUGAGAUCAGCGAGUCGAGUCGAACCCAGUGGGAGAAGCCCCAGGUGAAGGAGUCCAAGCGGCAGUUCAUCUUUGAUGUGGUCAAUGAAGGCGGAGAGAGCGAGAAAAUGGAACUGUUUGUAAACUUCUGCGAGGAUACCAUUUUCGAGAUGCAACUAGCAUCCCAGAUUUCAGAGCCGGACCCAGUAGAACGUCAGGAGGAAGAUGACGAAGAUGACAACCAGAGUGUGGCCGAGAACCAGGAAGAGGAAGAGGAGGAGAGUGUGAUCUUGGAGUCUUCCUCAGCCUUCACCUUUGCCUGUAUCUCCAUGAGGAAAAACAUCUGCCACUUUCGCCAGCUGCUCACACUCAAAAGCAUGAAACAGCAGUACAGAAAAUUCCGGAAGAUGAGUGUGAGGGAAACUGUGCAAGGCUUCUUUGCUUUCUUCUGGAUGAUCGUCACAGGUUUCCUCCACUUUGUCUACAGCUUGGUGUGGGGUUUCUUCCAUAUUUUGUGGACGACCAUGUUUGGGGGUGGCCUUGUUGAAGGGGCAAAGAAUAUGAAGGUCACAGACAUCUUGGGGAACAUGCCAGAUCCCACUCAGUUUGGGAUCCACGGUGAUAUCCUGGAGACGGAGAAGAUGGAGGCCCAUGAGGUGUCAGCAUUGACCGAGCUGGGUCACAUAGCUCAAGGGGACGCCACGGAGACCGACCUGAUGGCCGAGCUGCUCAACGUCCCACCAAGGAAGGAGGGAAAACAUGGCGCAGAGCCUGGAUUGGGGGACGUGUCUGAGGUGGUCGUGGGAGGCGAUGCUCCAUCCAUAGCUGCCGCUGUCAAGCAGAAGAAGGCUCAGCUGGCUGCAAAGAACCGGGCUUCAAAUGGAGAAUACAAAUCGGAUUCAGAGAAAGCAGACUCCGAUGAUGGUGAGAAGAAAGACCACGACAAGGCCAAAGAUGAAGCCCCUCCUGAGCUCCCAUUGGAAAGGAAAGUCCCCAAGAAGAGACUCGGCCUGAAGAAAGAACCACCCGAGGCCUUCACAGCCAGCUUCUGUGCUGGUUUGGAAAUCUACCAGACCAAGAUGCUGAAUUACCUGGCCAGAAACUUCUACAACCUACGAUUUUUGGCACUCUUUGUUGCAUUUGCAAUCAACUUCAUUCUUCUCUUUUAUAAAGUGACUGGUGAUAACUCUGACGAUGAGGACCCUUGGAAUGGUCGAGGGAGAACUCGGGAAGAAGAAGAAGAUGGCUCUCUUGAAUAUUUUAUCCUACAAGAGAGUACAGGUUACAUGGCACCAACACUUCGCUGUCUGGCAAUACUGCACACUAUUAUAUCUUUUUUGUGUGUAGUGGGAUACUACUACCUGAAGGUUCCUCUGGUGGUGUUCAAGCGUGAGAAGGAGAUCGCCAGGAAGUUGGAGUUUGCUGGGCUUUACAUCACAGAGCAGCCGUCAGACGAUGACAUCAAAGGACAGUGGGACCGGCUGGUCAUUAAUACGCCGUCCUUCCCCAACAAUUACUGGGACAAAUUUGUCAAACGAAAGGUGAUCAAGAAAUAUGGUGAUCUGUACGGAGCUGAGAGGAUUGCAGAGCUGCUGGGCUUGGACAAAAGUGCUCUGGAUUUUAAUCCUACAGAGGAAGCCGUCACCAAGGAGGCCUCACUGGUGUCCUGGCUGAGCUCAAUCGAUACAAUGUACCAUAUCUGGAAAAUGGGGGUGGUGUUUACAGACAAUUCAUUCUUGUACCUUGUGUGGUACACGACCAUGUCCAUUCUGGGGCACUACAACAACUUCUUCUUUGCUGCACAUCUACUGGACAUUGCCAUGGGAUUCAAGACACUCCGCACCAUUUUGUCCUCGGUCACUCAUAACGGCAAACAGCUGGUGUUGACAGUGGGCCUCCUGGCCGUUGUGGUCUACCUCUACACUGUCGUGGCCUUUAACUUCUUCAGGAAGUUCUACAACAAGAGUGAAGAUGACGACGAGCCAGACAUGAAGUGCGACGACAUGAUGACCUGCUACUUAUUCCACAUGUAUGUCGGCGUGAGAGCGGGUGGAGGCAUUGGCGAUGAGAUAGAAGAUCCGGCUGGUGACCCCUACGAGCUGUACCGCAUCCUUUUUGACAUUACCUUCUUCUUCUUUGUGAUUGUCAUUCUCCUGGCCAUCAUCCAGGGUUUAAUCAUCGAUGCUUUUGGAGAGCUCAGAGACCAGCAGGAACAAGUCAAAGAGGACAUGGAGACAAAAUGUUUCAUUUGUGGGAUCGGAAACGACUACUUUGACACAACGCCUCACGGCUUCGAGACUCACACUUUGCAAGAGCACAAUUUGGCCAACUACCUGUUUUUCCUGAUGUACCUCAUCAACAAGGACGAGACAGAGCACACUGGCCAGGAGUCAUAUGUGUGGAAGAUGUACCAAGAGCGCUGCUGGGAUUUCUUCCCCGCCGGAGACUGCUUCCGCAAGCAGUACGAAGAUCAGUUGGGGUAGAGGGGAUGCAUCCUCCUUGCCUACAUCCAGGGGGUGCUGGUGCUCUGAUCUUCUCCCUACCCUUAACUCACCUGCUCCGAACUGAAGGCGACCCAAAUGACUUUUAUUUAUUAUUAUUAUUAUUUUUUUUGAUCUAGCAACAAAGUGCGAUCCCCUCACGACUCUCCCUUCGGAUGUCAGCCUCUAAUUUUCUUUGUCAGGUUUUGGUUUUGCGGGGCCCUUUUGACAGCAUUGCCUUUUACUCUGCAUAACCCCUCCCUCAAUCAUUGCACAAUGUUAUGUUGUCUUCUUGAGAAACUCUAGUGGACUGUGUGUAUGUGUAUGCGCGUGUGUCUGUGUGUGGGCUAUGAGACCAUUUGUCAGUCAAAUUAUGCACAAGAAUCCAACAUAAUUAUUUAGAGAAUGUUGAGACUUUAUGCCAAAAGAAGUGUCAAGUGCAUUUGUUGUGGUCCCUUAAAAUGAAGUGAAGAGGCAAACGGUAUUAUGUAAAAUAUCAUUUUUUUUAAAAAUUGUUUUCCCUGAAGUGCCUUAUACUGUAGUACCAAGUCUACAUUAGAAAGAAGCUAUGCAAACCCUUGUGCUGUCUUUUCUUAUUGUAAGUAGACGACAGACUUUUCAUUUGACAUGAAAGAAGAAAAUGGGAUUUAUUUUGUUUUUUGCUGAAGGCAGCGUACAUGCAAAUGUUACAUGUUGUGUAAAUGACAUCUGAGUUGAUAUGGCACAGCAAACGUGGAAUUGCUAUCGUAUGGCCGUUUAUAUGUCGUAGCUUUGCAGAUCUGUGCAUUUCUUCUGAUGGGACAAAAAUAAACU